AUGUCCUGGACGCACCUUAUCCGCUUCAUCGCCGUCGAAGACAGCCAAACCCACCUGGGCCAACUCGUCGACCCCACCCGCGAUGUCGGCGAGGACAGCGUCAACGGCGUCGAUAUAGCAGCCUACCUCCUCUCUCCCCUCUCCCCUUCCAUAUGCAGCUACAUCCGCUGCCUGGGCCUCAACUACACCGACCACGCCAAAGAAGCAAACCUCUCCCUUCCCUCUGCGCCAACAAUCUUCUCGAAGCCCCGGACGGCCUUGAACGGCCCGUACCCGGCCACAAUCAACAUCCCGAAAUGUGCCCAAGACGAAACAAGCGACUACGAAGCGGAGCUGUGCUUCGUCAUCGGAAAGACAGGUCGCGAUAUCCCUGAAUCAGAGGCACUUGAUUAUGUUCUGGGGUAUACGGCGUCGAAUGACGUCUCCGCGCGAGGAUUGCAGUUUAUUACGUCCCAGUGGGGAUUCUCGAAGGGGUUGGAUGGGAGCUGUCCUAUUGGACCCGUCCUAGUCUCCACGUCUGCGAUCGCAGACCCCCAGACUCUCUCUGUUCAGGCUAUCCACAAUGGUGAGAUAUGCCAGGAUGGACACACGGAGAAUAUGAUUUUCUCGGUUAAGAAGACCAUCGCGUACCUCUCACAAGGUACAACGCUGGAGGCCGGGACUAUUAUUCUUACCGGAACGCCGGCAGGAAUUGGGUUCUUCAAAGAGCCGAGGGUGGUGUUGAGGAAUGGAGAUGAUAUUCGGGUGAAGAUUGGGGGGAUUGGAACGUUGGUUAAUAAGGUUAGAUAUGAGUAG